AUGGCAACGGGAAAGAGCCUCGACGACAUAGUCAGCGGAGUCGCAAAGCUGAAAGAUGUAGCCUCGGUGAAGGCGUACUUCAUGGCGGUGCUCUCGGCGCAGCAGAAGGAAAUACAGAAGACCAAGGCGCUGGUCGACGACUUCAGAGCCAUACACAACUUCGAAAACCUGUACGAAAAAACGGGCUCAUUCACCGCACUCGUAGACCCGGUCGUAAACUGCGAGAUACUGCAUCUCAGGCGCAUGCUGCGGAGCAAGGAUGAGGAGUUGAGGGCAAGAAACGACGCCAUCGAUUCGCGCUACUUCAACCCGCAAAGCCAUGUUGGACAGGCGCUGCUCAAAAAAUGCCGCAUGUUCGCCGCGGAAAACGAGGAGCUCGGCAGGAUAUUGCUGGAGGGGCAGAUACAGCCGCUCACACUGGACCUCAACAAGGAGCGGGAGUCCAACAAGGUACUCAAAAACCAGGUCAAGGGGCUACACCAGUACAACGUCGAGCUAGAGGCUGAAAUUGAACUACUCAGCAAACAAUUAUCGGAACAGGCGCAGCAAAUAGCGACACUGAAGAAGGAAAACGAUGCAAUGGCCGUCAAGGUGCGCUCAUCCCACGCAGCUGCAGACUCGUCGCCGGCGCGCAAGCGUUCCAGCCAAUCACCACGUCGGAGAGUUAGGGACGAAAAGACUCACAAAUCAGACAGGGACAGCCGAUACGACAAGACCGCCAGAGAUGAAAAGUCUGCCAAGGAUGACAGAGACGGCCGCGAUGAGAGGUCACGCAGGAGUGACCGGCACGAACCCGACAGGAGGGACAGCAAGCACACAACGUCGCGGAAGGACGACAAGUACGAAGUCGAUAGGAAGGCCGACCGCUAUGACGCCGCUAAGAAGAGCGAUAGGAGUGAUGCCAUGAAGAGGGCCGAAAAGUAUGAGUCCAAGAAGGACGAUCGCCGCAUUUCCUCAAGGAAAGACGAAAAGCCACGACGGGAAGAGUCUCAUGGGCGCACACCGGUGAAAAGAGUUAGAGAGGACUCUAGAAGCAGGCGCUCGCCAUAUCGCAGGAGGUCAAGGUCGCCACGCUCCAGGAGGUAA